AAACAAGGAAAUUGCAUCCAAAUUUAAUUGUUGCAAGACAGAGAGAUUUAUUUAUUUAUUUAUUUUUGUUUCCAUUUGAGUAAGAGACAAAGUGCAAGAAAAGAGGAAUUACUUUUGUUUUUUGUAAAAAAAAAAAAAAAAAAAAAAAUCAAUUGUCCACACACCACUAAAUGGAAUCUCCAAACUUUUUCCUUUUUUUUUUUUUUAAAAAAAAAUUAAUUCUCAUUGGUCUAUAAAUAAAUGAGAAUUCAUUAUUCUUCAACUCCCUAAUACUUCAAUUUUCUUUUCUAUUUUCUUUUUCUUUUUUUCCUCAUCAAAGCUUUUCAUCAAUGGAAGAUUUUGCUUCUCUUUGGAGUUAUCAUCAAGAGGGUAUAGAUGAGCUAAGACAGAAGCUUUUUUACACAACAAUUGAGCUAGAAUCAGUAAAAAUGGAAGCAAAUCAAGAGAUGAUAAAGAACAAAGAGAAUGUAAAGAAUUUAUUGAAUCUUCUUCAAUUAGCUUAUAAAGAAAGAGACGAAGCCAAGAAUCAACUUCAUAAAGUAUUGAAUAAACUCAAUUUCCAACCUGAAAGUCCUUUGAUUAAAGCAAAUUCAAGCAUCACAGAAUCCAACAGCCUCUCAGCUGAUAACAAUAACAAUAGCAAUACCUUCAAUAACAUCUCGGGUUCUCCCGUUGUCGACUCGUUCUUCGACGCGGCCGCCGUUUCUUCGCCGACGGAUUUUUCAAGCUUCAAUGUAGGGGAUUCUCAUAAUGUGGAUCAAUGUAGUUUGGUGAUUGAGAGUAUUGUGAAAGGGAAGAAAUUGCCUGAGAAAGGGAGGUUGCUGCAAUCUGUUAUGGAAGCUGGGCCGUUACUUCAGACGUUGCUCGUCGCCGGUCCUCUGCCUCGGUGGAGAAAUCCGCCACCGUUACAGCCUAUGAAAGUAUUACCACCUGUUUUGAUUAAUAGUACUCCUAGAAUGUGUUCGAGUUCUAUGUUGAAUUUCUCCAACGUUGUUGGUUUGGAUUCUUGUUGUUUUAACCAAAAUGGAUUGGUUUCAACAACUACUAAUUCUUCUUCUUUUGCCUCCUCUCAAUUUCAAUCUACAAAGAGACAGAGAUUACAUUGAAUAUCAUCGAUUCAUAUUCUAUAUUGUAAAAAUUAUAUAUAUCUUUGGCUUUGUUGGUUUCAUUUGUAAAUGAUGUUAUAGUUUUCCCUUUUGGAAUUUGAAAUUCCAAAUUGUUUUUUUUUUUUUUUUCACAUAUGAAUUCAUUCUUUUUCCCUUUGUUUUGUACGUAA